UUCACUAUUUCUCUCUGCAUUUGUAUGUAAAGACAACAGUUUCACCCUAAAAGCAAGCACACAUUCCUUUGUCUUUAUUUCAGGUCAAAUGCAGUUAUGCUACACAUUGAUGUUUAUGAUUCAUGUAAUUUUGAAGUUAGGGCAAAACAUAAUUAAGCAAUUGCACACAUAUUUAGGUAAAGAUAAAUAAUAAUAAUAAUAAUAAUAAUAAUAAUAAUAAUAAUAAUAAUAAUAAUAAUAAUAAUAAUAAUAAGGUUAAAAUAUGGCUUUAUCCGGUAUAGGGAAAAAAAACUACCUAUCUGGGAAAGAGUCGACUCUUAUUACUGAGCUGAACCAAAUGAACUGACUCAAUAAGAAGAGUCAAAUUCACGGGCUGUUUUUGUGCACGCGCGGCGCUGCUGUCGAGCGUCACGUUGGCAUAGAAACUGCUGCUACCUGCGUAUUGUGAGCUUCAUAGUUUUAGCUACUUGUUUUCAUAUUCGACUUAUAUUCAUAUUCAACCGUAUAUUAUGCUAUAAAAACCUCAGAGGAUUAUUUCAGUGAACCGUUUGAACAAUUUGCGAGGUGUUCAGUAGGGGUGUUGGUAUUUUUGUUUGUUUGUUUAUCCUUUUUACGGCAGUAAAGCCAACUAAUAACUGACGUCACCUAAGGACUUUUCCUAUUCUAGUACUUAUAUCUACUCAUCACAUUGGGAAUAUCUGGGAAUGUUUAAAAACGAGUAUCAGGGUGGUGUUGUUGUGGAGGUCUUCAGUGCACAAGGAAAAGAUCCUGUUGCAAAAUGGAAACUUAGCGGCCAGCCGUCUAUCAGUAAGAUGUUCGAUAAAGAAAUGAAAGGUUUUGUGUACAGCCUCGAAGGCAGCAGUCAAACACAUAGGAUGCAGUUACCCAAAGAUGGAAAGAUGCCUCUUGUCCUGAUUCAGAAGUUCCUGGUCCUGCAGGUGAAUGUUCCUCCUGGUAAAGACUUCUCAACUGAGCUUCUUGUAACAGAUCAAGGGCACUUGAAACGAAGGCUUUACUUGUCCACUGUCCAUAAGGAAUUUUCAUCUACACCUCUGCAUGCCAGAAUACCGCUUAUCAGCCUCAGACGAAACAUUUGGUGUAACCUGUGCAUUGACUUGGGGUCAUUCACCACUGAGCUGUUCCGAGGUGCUAUGUUCCUGUCUCUGGAUGGCAUUGUUAUAUCAGCCUGCUGUAAAGUCAGGCGCAUCUUCACCAUGAGGAAUGAACCUGCAGAUCAUGUGGACAGAGAUCCAUAUGAUAUAAGAAAUUAUCCUACGGAGGAGAUUCCUAAAAGCUGCCAGUUUCCUCCUGAGAUUCAACACGUUACACAGCUAAUGAAUAUGGAAAGACUGAGACAGGCUGAUCUGAGAAGUGUAUCUAUCAGCUCAGAAUCUGAACAGCCGAGCACAGGGAGAGUGACUCGGGGUCCGAAAACCCAGGACUGCUCUCAUAUUGCUUUUGGUUCAAAAGUCACAGGACGUCCUCCGCUUACUGCAAGAAAGGGCAGUUCAUUAACAACUGGAACAGAACACAAAGCACGUUCAGGGAGAAGUGGAAGACGAAAGACACAACCACCAGCUGAGCAAGCAUCUUCUGAAAGGACAGUGUCUGGGAGGCCAAAGCUGGUUCUUAAUGAGAGAAUAGUUUUAAAUCCGAUAUGUAGUUCAUAUUCUCCUGAGCCAAUACCCAGAUCUUCAGAAUGCCAACCUCCAUCUGAUUCACCCAAUGAGUUGCAUAUUUUUGAGGAUGGAAAUGAUGCUGCCAGAAGGACUUCAACUCCAAUCAGUCUGGAUGAAGCUGAUGAAGAGGACUGCGACGAGGUCUUUACUUUUUCUUCACAUCCUCACUCAGCCAGAAGGGGUCAACCUUCUGACCUUACAGCUGAUGACCUUGGGUGGGAAGGAGAGCGAAAAGAGGCAUGUUGGAAGGAUGACUUCAUUGCAAGUGAGGGUGAAGAGGAUCAGAGCUUCUCUGGAUUCCUCUCUCAGAGAUUUGCAGCACACACCAGUCCUGCUCAUCCUACCCUGGCUUCUGUUCCCAUUCCCAGAUCUACCUCUUCACCCAGGCUUUGCACUGAGCCAACUAAGGCCUUUACUGUAACACAUACAUCCACCCAGUCUUCCUCAGAGGGGUCCCAAAGGACUGAGAUGGUGUUUGUGGCACCAACCCGCUGUCUCUCACCAUGCACUGCCAAUCUGUGGAGCAGACAGCAACACUCUAGACCUGAGCAAAGCAAGCCUGAUGGAGAUAUGAGGACAUCCAUUAAUAGAACAUCUGUUCGGGAAAUUCCCCCUGAGGAUGUGAAGCUCCACAAGGUGAGGAAGAGCAUGAGCAAGAUGCCUGUGGGCUCGAGCACAUGUGAUUUAUCUAAGAAAGCAGAGCAGGAGGAGGACGAAGAAGAAGAGCUGCGGAUGUUAGCUAGUCUAAAAAGACAGCAGGAAGAAGAGGAGGGUGGGACCUGUGACUCAGGCCUCAGUGCUUCACAAGUCCAGCAGUGCAAUGUCAGCCUGAGUAUGAGCAGUGAUGACACAUCUACAUGGACCCAGUGUAUCCCUCUAGCAUCUGAUCAGGGUCAGUACUACCAGAAAGAGAUGAAUCCACUUCUCCACUCUAAUCCCAGGGAAUGGAUGGAUGUUCUCAGCCCUCCAAUAAUUCAUCCCAGACACCAGCAGACUGAGAGCAAAGGAGACUACAGCAACAUGUCAACCAAAGGGUCUGUGACUGAGGAGAACUGCAGUGAGGAUGAGUUUCUUAAUCUGCUCUAUGAUUCAUGUUUAAACUGCUACUUUGAUCCUCAAACUGGGAAGUACUAUGAGCUGGUCUAAGUUUGAAGAAAUCACAGACACAGAUAUCAUAAUAUAUAUAUAUAUAUAUAUAUAUACAGUAUAUUACAAGUGUAGACAUAGAUAAACUUAAGCAAUAAAUUGUUUUGUCCACUUUUGUUUGGAUGCA